UUUUGUAGAAAUAUGCUAAGUAAAAUUUGUAGUACUAGAGCUUUACUAAAACUAGUAAAGGUGCCAAAGUCUGCUUUACUAUGUAGAGGUUCUGUUAAUAGUGAUGUUACAUCGAAAUUAUGCGGAAUUUCGUGCAGAUUUAUUUCUGUUUCAUCCACGAAAUGGGCCAAUCAAAUUCAUGAAAAAGUUGAUCAAAUUGAAAAUGAGCUUGUGCAUAGAGAACCGUGGCAUUGGAAAAAGCCAGAAGGCCAUGAUACUGGAGUAAAGAUUAUAAACAGUUACAGAUGCUUGUGGCAAAAUAAAAUGCCAGCAAGCAUACCGUUAAUUGUCAAAGACCCGAACUACGUCACUUGGUAUGCAUGUGGACCAACUGUGUACAACAGCUGCCAUAUUGGACAUGCAUGGACUUAUCUCCAGUUUGACUUGAUUCGAAGAAUUCUGACAGAAUAUUUUGGUUUGAACAUCUGCUUGGUCAUGGGAAUUACCAACAUGGAUAACAAGAUCAUUAAUAAAGCAAUGCUGUAUGACCAAGGAUUUAUGGAAGUCGCCGACAAUUUCGAACAAGAGUUUAAAGAAGAUAUGACUGCUUUAAACGUUCUUCCACCUACUUCUUAUAUCAGAGUUACUGACGUUAUUCCACAGAUAAUAAGUUUUAUUCAAAGUGUAAUCGAUAACGAUCAAGCAUAUGUGACUGAAAGAGGCAACGUCUACUUCUCCUACAACUCAUCUCAUCAAUCUAUUGCGAAACUCAGAUUUGAAUUCUUUGAGCCAGACUCUUCAGUUGGUGAAAAGAGGUUUCCCAAAGAUAUUGCUUUAUGGAAGACUCCAGGACCUGGAGAGCCAUACUGGGACUCACCAUGGGGUAAAGGAAGACCUGGAUGGCAUAUUGAAUGCUCUGUGAUGGCCAGCAUGUGUUUUGGUUCGAAUGUCGAUUUCCACUCCGGAGCAAACGAUUUAAAAUUUCCUCAUCAUGAAUACGAGGUUGCUCAGUGCGAUUCAUUCCAUGGAUGCCACCAAUGGAUCAAUUACUUCUUGCAUAGUGGUCACAUGCAGAUAAAAAAAGGAAUAAAGAUGUCAAAGUCUCUUGGGAACACAAUAACGAUACGAGAUUAUUUGAAUGAGUUUGAAGAUCCAGACACGUUGAGAAUGUUGGCCUGCAACACUAUUUGGCAUAAGAAUUUCAAAUACACUGAAGGCAUUACAGAAUCAGCCGUCAACCAUAUCAAACUAUUUUCUCAAUUUUUAUCGAAAUACAAACGAGUAAUCAGAGGAGCAGAGAAUUUAAUUGUUGAUAAUGCGAAGGUUCUAGAGGCAGUCGCAAGAUGUGAAGCAAAUAUGAAAGAGCAUUUUGCCGAUAACAUGUCGAUAAGAAAAGCGAUAACAGAAUUAAAAAAUCUAAUCAUUGAAGUCAAGAAGUCUGCCGCAGAAGACGAUACGAAUAAGCAAAUUGGCAACUUCUGCGAUGUGUCUGCGAUCAUGAAGCUUACUAAUUUAUUUGAUAAAACUUUUUCAAAUUUGGGAUUUACUUUUCAUAAAAAAUUAUAACUAUUUGGUAUGAGUUGGUAUUGAGAAAGAAAGACGAUAAGAAGACUUUAUCACGUUGCAAGCCCUUGUUUUUUUCAGGCUAAUACUGCAGAUAAACAACCCCAGUCUUGUCCAGUAUGGUUAUAGUGCGUUCAAUACUCCCGUAGUAUGUGGACCAAGAUGGCGGACACCAGAACGUAGUAUGUGUACCAGGUUAGGGUUAGGCCAUAAUUUUAUUCCAAUUUUCCUUGUCCAAGGGACUCUCGUAGUAUUUGUACCUGAAAUUAUAGCCUAAACCGGAACACCUGCUACGUUUUGGUGUCCGCCAUAUUGGUUCACAUACUACGGGAGUAGUAGGAGUCUUGGGAGUAUUUUCAAGUUGUAAUUUUUACCAGUCUCCGGAUCCAUGACAAGAGUACAGAUAAAACCUACAUAUGAUUAGUAAUAAUACGUGUUUAUACUUGAUACUUUGCACAGACAAAGCAUUUUUGUCAACUUCAGUGACUAUAGUACAGAGGUGGCCAAGGUUUCUGUAUCCGGGGACAAAACUUCUGCUCAUCCAGACUGGCGCGCCAUGUAAAUGUGAAAUAAAAAGUUACAUUUUUCGAACAAUAUUUACAGUGUUGCAAAUGUGAAAAAUUCCUCGAGCUAUGUUCUAGUUUGGUUGUGGCAGCAUCAGGCGGGCCAGAUUAAAUUACCUAAGGGCCGGAUUUGGCCCGCGUCAUCUCUAGGCCCAUCACAAGAUUCGUUUUGUUAACCAUAACCGUCGGAAUUAGGGCAUUUAAUACAUUGUAUGAAUGCACAAAAAUAUGUCAUGUCGUGUUUUGGGCUUGGGAGCAUCGUGAUAAUACAUGAAAAGUGACAAAA